AUGAGCAAAAUUCUGUGUGUUCCAGGUUUGGGUUUGCAAAUACAGUGCUACCAGUGUGAGGAGUUCCAGCUAAAUAAUGACUGCUCUGCUCCAGAGUUCAUCGUGAAUUGUACAGUGAAUGUUCAAGAUAUGUGUCAGAAAGAAGUAAUGGAAAAAAGUUUUGGAAUCAUGUAUCGCAAAUCCUGCGCCUCUUCAGCAGCGUGUCUGAUCGCCUCCGCCGGGUACCAGUCCUUCUGUUCUCCAGGGAAGGUGAACUCCGUGUGUAUCAGCUGCUGCAACACUCCGCUCUGCAACGGACCCCGGCCAAAGAAGAGGGGGAGUUCUGGCGUGGUGCUGAGGGCACACGUGGCAACCACCGUUCUGCUCCUUACAUUGGCUCUGUUGGUUUUGUAUUGCUAA